GUGGUUUCCUCCAAUUCCGUCUUAAUUCUCUUUACAUAAAUGAGUAAACCGAAAAGAAACUACACACACCAACAUCAGACGCCAAUCGAGCGGGAUUUCCUUAAACAGAUCCCAUGCAAGAUUUCAGAGACCGACGCUGCUCCCAACAAAAUAAGGAAAACUUUACUCUUCACGGUUCCUUUCCAAAAGAACCCGAAAAGAAAGCCAGCCUUGUUUUGCUGCUGACUUUAAUCCCUUUCGAAACGUGCCAGGGGC